AUGUUAUUAAUAAUCGCUUGUUUUUAUUUGAUACACUCGGUAAUCGCCGCAGAAUUCAUUCUGCCCGGAGAAUGUCCUAAUGUGAAGAUACAGGAGAACUUAGAUUAUACGAAGUUUUCAGGUCUUUGGUACAAUGUUGCAAGCUAUGCCAGUGACGGCCGUCCGAUCUACGAUUGCGCCAUACUAAACUUUCAAGAGGACAAUCUUGGUUAUACACUCAGAGAAACGUACGUGAGCACAGAUCAGGGAAAUCGCACUCAGAAUUCGUAUUUUGCACGAGUAGAUCCAACAUUUGAUGCAGGCAACAAGGCUCAGUUUAUUGUUAGUCAUGAGAAUGGUGAUAAAGUACUCCAGUUCCCGUUCUUCAUUUUGUCUACGGACUACGAUAACUACGCUAUCACUUAUACCUGCAAAACUCUAAAGAAGAGACAGCGUACACAUUAUGUGUUUACUUGGGUUUUAUCUCGAAACAAGGACAAGCUGCAAGGCGACGUCUUAAAGAAGGUAGAGGAUGUCCUUUCAAAAUAUUCGGAAUUAGCUGAACACAGACAGUCAUUCGUGAUCAAGGAGUUCUCAGAAGAAAACUGCGCCUUCACAAGCAAAUUUGAAACGGAUUAUUUCACAAGCAAUUUUUGGUAG